AGAAAGAAAAAGGUGGAUAGUUAGAUAAAAGAGAGAGAACCACACGGCCGAAUCAUCACAUAGAUAGCUGAGUUUAUACUUAACUCUAGCACUUCUCUACCUUUGAUUUCGUUUCAGUUCGGAAAAUGUUAACGGUAAAACACACCGCUGCCGCCCUCCGAUUCUCCGCCGUUAACUUCGAUAACACUUCCCGCCGGUUAUCUCAUUCUCCCAGCUUCUUCAUCCCUCCUCGAGAUAAAUUUGGAAGAUUGACGGAUAAUUAUGCUGGAAGAAAAACGUGCAAGGGAAAAUUUGGAAUUAAAGCAACUGCAAAGGAUCAUUUCAGUUCGGGUUCUGAGCCAGUAAAACAGAAUGCGACGCAGUCGAGCUAUCAUCCAUCUGAGGACAUUGGGGAGCCGGAACUAAUGGAGAAUGAGGAAGCUCAACUCAAGCCAGCUGAAUGUACAAGGACAAUUAUUGAGGUAAAUAGCAAAGCAACACUCAUGUUUUCAAGUGCAAUCAGCGACGUAAUGCGUGCAAAUAUUUUCUGGCCAGAUUUGCCUUACACAACUGAUGAACUUGGAAAUGUCUACUUUCAAGUGAAGAAUGACGAAGACGUUCUGAAAAAUCCAACAACUGAAGAAAACGUUGUGGAAGUAAUUAUUGGCCUAGAUACAUCCGAAAUGCAGAGUGAGAUGGAGUCAUCAGGUCAAUCCGAACUUGGUUACCAUAUAGAUGAAUUUGAUGAUGAGAAUAUCGAUAUUGAUGAUGAAGACGACAUUGACGAUGACGAUGACGAUGAUGAUGACGACGACGACGACGAUGAUGAAGCGGAUUGGGUUUCUGUUCUUGAUGAUGAAGAAGAUCAGAGUGGGGAUCCUGACUUGGAGGAUUGGGCUACAUUAGAGACGAUGCGAUCUUCUCAUCCGAUACACUUUGCCCAACAAAUUAGUGAGGUUGUGACAGAUGAUCCUAUAGAUUUUAUGGAUCAGCCUCCAGCAGGUCUUAUUAUUCAUGGCCUUCUAAGGCCAGCUUUCCUUGAAGAUCACAUCACCAUUCCAAAGCAGAUAGCUGAACAUGAAUCAAAUGAUGCUGGUAUAAAACAAAUGGAACAAGUGGCAGAACAUAAGCAAAAUGGUAGUGUUCAAGUCAAUGGCCACAAACAUGAAACUGAAUCUUCGCAAGAUAACCCAAGUUGUCCAGAGGAAUUGGAGAAGGAUGAAACCCUUGGAAAUGGAACUUCAUUUUACAAGCUAGAGAUGAUUAAAAUUCAGUUAAUUUCUUCACAUGGACAGCAAAUCUUAGUUGAGUUAGAAGAUUUUAGUCAAGCUAGGCCUGAUGCAAUAGCGCAUUCGGCUGCCAAUAUUAUAUCACGGCUUAAAGCUGUAGGAGAAAAAACCACGCAGGCUCUCAGAUCUCUCUGUUGGAGAUGCAAGGGAAUUCAAGUGGAGGAAGUGGUUCUGAUAGGUGUAGACAGCCUUGGUUUUGACGUAAGAGUUUGCUCUGGAGCACAAAUUCAGACAGUGCGGUUUUCCUUUAAAAAGCGGGCAACCUCGGAGUACAGUGCGGAAAGACAAUUAAACGAUCUGCUGUAUCCAAGGGUCCACCCUAAGUUACAUCAAAAGAAAGAAACUCACCAAACUGAAUCAUGAAAAAAAAAUCUGUAGAUUUUGUUAUACUUCUGGCUCAAAAUUGUAUAUAGACAGAAUACAUACUCUUUGAUUCAUCCCAUUAGAAUUAUUUCUUCAGUAGAGUUCUUGAAUACUCGGUUCUCCCUUUACUACUGUUGUAACUUGUAAUCUCAAUUUGUUCUACUCAAGUUCAAUUCAAAUGCAAUUUUGGCUAAAUACAUUUUUUAAAA